CAAAGCCCCUCCGCCCCUCCCUGCCGCCGCCGCUGCCGCCCCGAUGGCGUCCCCGGAUGCCCAGGCCGGCCCGCAGCGCCGCCAGCACGUCGUCGUGAUGCGCCACGGCGACCGCAUCGACAACUUCGAGCCGCUCUGGGUGUCCACGGCGGCCCGCCCCUGGGACCCGCCCCUCGUAGAGGCGGGCCUGGUUCGGGCGUUCUGCACCGGCCGGAAGCUCCGGGAUCAGCUCGGCUUCCCGAUCCACCGCGCCCUCGUGUCCCCGUUCCUCCGCUGCGUCCAGACGGCCUCCGAGGUGGUCUCCGCCCUCUGCGCCGUCGACGACGAAGACCUCACCGCCACGACCUCCGAGGCCCUCUCCCUCGAUCCGUCGAGGGUCAAGGUUUCAAUCGAGUAUGGAUUGUGUGAGAUGUUGAACCGGGAAGCCAUCAGAUUUCCUCCUAAAGAUGGGGAGUGGGGAUUUGAUAUUUCUGAGCUUGAAGCCAUGCUACCGACGGGUACAGUGGAUCAUACAGUAGAAAGAGUGUAUAAACAGGUGAAUUUUUUUAGACAAAGAACGCCACAAUGGGAAGAGACAGUAUUGGGUGCACGAGCUAGAUAUGAGCAAAUUAUUGUUGCCCUAGCUGAUAAAUAUCCGUCAGAAAACUUGCUGCUUGUCACACAUGGGGAAGGAGUUGGAGUGUCGGUCUCAGCAUUUUUGAAGGAUGCAACAGUGUACGAAGUAGAGUAUUGUGGAUAUUCUAAUCUCGAAAGACCAAUCUUUCUGAAGGAUGAGUCAUUUACCGCUGGAAACUUUGAGUUACUCACAAAUCCCGGCCAAACUGGUGUAAGUUACUUGCCCUCGAGCAGGCUCUCUGAUGGCCUAUGACUGAAAUAGUAAAUUUCACUCUACGAUUGAAGGUAAGGAGGAUCCAAAACGAUACUUCUUUUGAACUCGCAGUUACAGGAUGAGAACUUUUAGUGGCACGAUUCUCGGUCCCGUGAUUGUAUUGCUGAGACAAAACUCGUCACAAUGAUGUCUUUGUUUAUGAUUGUUGUCGGUAUUGAUUAUUUUACAAUGGCAAAAGAGCUGCUUUUU